AUGGCAAGACUUGCAAUUUUUAUCUUCUUUAUUACAGCAGCAACAAUGCCAUGGACUCAAGCACAAACUAAUGAUCAAGUUACAUGGGCCAAGAGAGUUGAAUCAGGUAAAGAGGUAAUAACCACUCUUCAAUUCUAUUUCCAUGACAUUUUCAGUGGAAGAAACCCUAGCGCAAUAAGGAUUGCACAACCUUUACAAACCAACAAUUCUUCUACCCUUUUCGGUAUGUUGACGAUGAUCGAUGAUCCGUUGACGGUGGGGCCAGAUCUUUCGUCAAAGAUUGUGGGCCGAGCUAGGGGAAUGUACGGUUCGGCAGGCCAGGCUGAAUUUGGCCUUAUCAUGGUCUUGAAUUAUGGGUUCACCGAUGGAAUAUAUGAUGGUAGCUCUUUUAGCCUUCUUAGUAUCAAUCGAGCUGUGGAACCGGUCCGGGAGAUGGCGAUUGUUGGUGGCACGGGGCUUUUCAGGUUGGCUCGUGGCUAUGCCAUUGCACAGACAUAUACGUUUGAUGCUGCUACCGGUGAUGCUGUUGUUGGGUACAAUGUUACAAUUGCGACCUAUAUUUGA